AUGACUAUCCUGGCCUUGCAGGUUAUUCUUGCUACCCAGGGGAGAGCACUGCUCAUUGCUUGGAGACCCGAACAGCCACCCAGAAUUACACCCUUGGAUCUUUCUUUCAGAGUCAGGAGGGCUGGGAUUUCAGGUACAUGCCCAUACCUAGCUGAAAUUGGUUUUUUUCCCCCACUAGAUUUGAAGUCAAUAAAGGGAACCUGCCAUAAUUUUUGUACUGUUUCUAAGGAUGUCACUUAUAAAGAACUUAAAAACCUGUUGAGUUCCAAAAAUAUUAUGCUAAUUGAUGUUAGAGAGAAAUGGGAAAUUCUUGAAUAUGGAAAGAUUCCUGGAUCUAUCAAUAUACCAUUGCAUGAAGUAAGUGAAGCUCUACAGAUGGACUCAAGAGACUUCAAAGAGAAGUACCAUGAAGUAAAGCCAUCCAAGUCAGAUAGUCUAGUGUUUUCCUGUUUAGCAGGAGUAAGAAGCACAGCUCUGGACACAGCAAGAUCUCUGGGCUUUAAUAGUGCUAAACUUUAUGCUGGAGGAUGGAAGGAAUGGGUAACCUAUGAAUUUUCAGAGAAGAAACAAGGAAAUUAAAUUUUGGAAUGCAAGUUCUUUGUGUACAUGCAGCCUAGGACAAUGGAAUGAACAUAAGAGAAAUCUAGUCCUGACACCAAUGGUUAAUGGUAAGGUGAUUCUAUAUAAGCCACUUACUUGUUCAAUCUUUUUCUCAUCUAUAAAUUGAAAAUAAUGUCCUCCCCUUCCCCCAGCUGAUCAUUUUCAAAGGCUACUGAGGAUUGAAAUAAUAGAUGUGACUUGCUCUGGAAAUACCUGUUUGGAUUCUAGGAGUUAAUUUUUAAGUAGUUUAGCACAGUUCAAUAAUAGUAUUCCAAAAGACUAGGUUACUUGUAGUAUCUAGUCUUGUGUGGCCAUUUGGGUUAAUACAGGUUCUAUUCAUCAAAGAGCCUAUGAAGUUGACAGUAGAUUAACAAGUAGACUUGACCUUUAAGUCAAAAAAUCAAGAAUCUGGGAUCCAGAUUUGAAUGAUGAAAAUACAUUAAUAUCAUCCAAAGACUCAAGGCAGUGCUGUGACCAGAAUAGCACUGAUACAAUUUACAAUUUAAAAAAUUUAAGUUAGUAUGAUUAACAUGGGGCUAGAAAUCAGAAUAAUGGUUACAUCUGUGGCAGGCAGAUUAACUAGAAGAGGGAAGGAGAGAACUUUGAUAGAAAUGUUCUCUCUCAGCUCAGUUAUUGGUACACAGGAAUCUGUUUUCAAAAGUCUCUGAAGUAAACACAAAAAUUGUAUGUUUUUUUAUAAGGAUAUUUCAAUCUAAAAAUAAUGAAAAUAGAAAAAAUGUCUACAUGUGAGUCUCACAAGCAUGGGUAUAUUUCUUUGGAAUGUUAAGUCCUACACUUUUUUGCUAGUACACCAGUAGCAAAAUAAACCAGUGCUUUAUCAGACCCAUGUUUUUACUCGCAUUCAUGUAUCAUUCAGAUCAUGCAAGUCCUAGCAACAAACCCUAAGGACUUGAUUGGUCCGAAAUGAGAUGGAAAGCCACUGGAGAAUCUGGAGAUGUGAUUGCCUUAAACUUCUAACAAUGUCCAUGUAGUUUCUUGCAAACCAAGCUACCAGAACUCAAAAAGCUGGGAAAUACACACAAAUGGUAUGUAUAAAGGCAUUAAGCACUGAAACAGCAAGAAUCUGAGGAGCUAUAAUCUCAGAAGGAAAGUUGUAGAGGAUCAGUGAAUACUAAAGUACUGGGCCUGGCAAGGAAUAGGAGCCUGGGUAAAUACUCCAGAUUUUUACUUUGAAGCACUAAGUGGACAUGAGCCAGAAAUUGACCAGUCCUCACAAACUUAAAACUGUGAAUCAACUGAAUACUGAAAGAAUCAAUGUGAUUUUCCUGACACCUGAAGGGCCUACCAGUAUUAAACCCUUUCUGGUGAAAAUUACAGUUUUCUAGGUAGAGCAGGGAUUGACAAUAGUUUAUAAAUAACUAGGCUUGGCUAGGCAUGGUGGUGCACACCUGUAAUCCCAGCACUCUGGAGGCUGAGGCAAGAGGAUAGGAGGAUCACCCUGAGUUCAAGGUCAGCCUGGGCUGCAUAGUGAGUUCAAGGCCAGCCUGCACUGUCUAGAGGUACACUGUCUCAAAAAACAAAACAAAGCACAAUAUAAAUAACUAGGCUUGUGGUCACUGGAUUCUAUCGCUACUCAAAUAUACUAGUGAAGCACAACAAAAGUAAAAUGUGAACAACUGUGACAAUAUUCCAAUAAAAACUUUUUAUAGACACUUAGGUUUUAAGUUUCAUGUGUUGCCAAAUACUGUUCUUCGCAUUAUUUUUAAGCCAGACCACACACAUACAAGAAAAGGUGGUAGGCUAGAUUUGGUCUAUGGGCAAUUUAUAGUCUACUGAGCCAGAGCCACAAAUUAUCCCUAUAACCUUUCACAGACAAUAUUCAGAAUUAUAUCAAAGCUAAGUAGACACAACACUAGGUAAACUGGGCCCAAUGAUUGAUAACAGAGGAAAAAAAGACACAAUAGAAACAGAUUGUCUUACUUUUCUCUUUGCUGAGACAAAAUACCCAACCCCCAAAGUUAAAGGAGGAAAGGUUAUUUCAGCUCAGUUUGUAGAGGGUUCAGUCCAUAAUUGGCUGGCUCCAAGGCAGGGUGCAGUGACAGAGGAACAUGGCAGAGGAGACAGUCCACGGCGGGGCAGGGCAGGCAAAAAGCAGGAGGUAGCAGUAGCAGCAACAAGCAGAAGCCACAGCAGCAGUUGGCCUUCUUUCUGUCCUUUUAUAUUCCUUCCAGGCUACCCACCCUUUGGGUGGUGCCACCUGCACCCAAGGUGAGGCACCCUUAAUCCCAGCAUCACAAUCUUAAUACCAGUAUCAUACUCUAGAUCCACCCAGCUCUGAAAAGCCCCACCUAUGAGUGCAUGAGGCUUUGGGGGGAGAUCUAGA